AUGCGCGGUUUUCUUCCGGGAUACCGGCAGCGCUUGUUAAUGGUUACCCAUCUGCUCCGGGCCCGGUGUGGGGCGGGAGCUGUGCUUUGGGGGGACAAAAUACACCUGGUUGGGAACUUAAAAUCACCUAUACCAGAGUUAUUACUACUGUUAUUGUUAUUUCCGCCGCUUAGGGGCCGAGGGCGCGGCUCGUGCCGCGUCAGCGCGGCCGUGCGGGAGGAGCGCGGCCCCAAGAUGGCGGAGGCACCGCCCCGGCCCUCCCCCUGCCCGGCCGGCCCGCCCUCCGUCCCGGCAGCAGCCGCGGCCGCAGCGAUGGCGUCGGGGUGUCGGAUCGGUCCCUCCAUCCUCAACAGCGACCUGGCGGCGCUGGGCGCCGAGUGCAGCCGCAUGCUGGACUGCGGGGCCGACUACCUGCACCUGGAUGUAAUGGACGGACACUUCGUCCCGAACAUCACCUUCGGCCACCCCGUCGUGGAAAGCCUGCGCAAGCGGCUGGGCCAGGAGCCCUUCUUCGACAUGCACAUGAUGGUGGCCGCGCCAGAGCAGUGGGUGAAGCCCAUGGCAGUGGCUGGUGCAAACCAGUACACCUUCCAUCUAGAAGCGACCGACAAUCCCGGGGCACUGAUAAAGGACAUUCGGGAGAAUGGCAUGAAGGUUGGCUUGGCCAUCAAGCCUGGCACUACGGUUGAACACUUGGCACCUUGGGCCAAUCAGAUAGACAUGGCUUUGGUGAUGACAGUAGAACCUGGGUUUGGAGGACAGAAAUUUAUGGAAGACAUGAUGCCAAAGGUUCAGUGGCUCAGGACACAGUUUCCCUCCUUGGAUAUAGAAGUGGAUGGAGGAGUGGGGCCUGACACCAUCCAUAAGUGUGCAGAGGCAGGAGCCAACAUGAUUGUGUCUGGCAGUGCCAUCAUGAAGAGCGCAGACCCCAGGUCUGUGAUCAACCUGCUCAGGAACGUGUGCUCAGAGGCAGCCCAGAAGCGCAGCCUGGACCGAUGAGACCUCCCCAGGCUGUUCCAGAAGCUCUGGCCGUGCAGGAGAGCCCUUUUCUCGUGCACAAGCAGGGGCUGGAUGGACACCAACUGCAGAAACUUCUUGCUGCUGAACAGAGGAAGCAUUCCUUCACUGCAGUGAAGCAAGCAGCAGUGGGAAACGUUCUGGCUGUCUUUCAGGGUUGGAAAUGGAAUGGUUUGAACCUGUCUCUUGAUUUUGUGGAGACUAAUUUUGUGGCACAACCUCUAAUGCUGGCUGGUUUGAACUUCAGUCAGUUUGUUGCUUGCUAGAAGAGUGUAGCAUCACCACAAGAAUCUCUCUUGUGGAAGACUCUUAAUCAAACUGCCUUCUGCUGUCUGUAUUUUGUCAUUUGAUCUGUGCAUUCCUACAAAACUUUUUCCACUACUGCAUUAAACACCCCUUCCUUGAUGUGUUAAGUUCUUGAAGCUGACUCUCAUAAAUAAGUGGGUUUAGGAGUAAGUUUAGGGAAAAGGCAGCUUAAGAGGGCUAAAAAAAUCUGUGAUGGUAGAAGUGUUCCUGUCCUUUGCCUCUGUUUUAUUGGAAGUACUUGGCUUAUAGAAAUCCAGCAUCAGGUAAGUCAGUGCAGCAUCUUUACCAGAUCACAGAGUGGGUAGUAUCUUCUCAGUUAUCUUUCAAGUAGCCAGUUAGGACAGCUGUGUCUGAAAUUGCUGCAAGUGAUGGGAUUCCACAGGAGAAUGUUGCUUUAAUACUCUUCAGCUAAGUAUGAAGCCUUAUCUUGCUGGAUAUCCUUGGUUGGUACAUGUCUCUGAGUAAAUGAUUAAGAUGGUAACAUACAGAAAGGGUAUCUGCUGAAGAGAUGUGUAGAUUGAAAUGCCUGGAGAUGGGUCUGUAGAACAGCUUGUAGAACCAGUCAUCAGUCCUUCAGUUUGCUGUGUGCACAGGCCUGGCCUGCUUGGGCACAUGAAAGGUGAGUAACAGUGCACUGGAGGAAGACUGAGCAGGCCAUUUUUAGGCAGACCUGUGUCCCCUGGCUCUAAUUAGCAUUGUUGCCUCUUAAAUAUUCCAUGGUAUUCUGUGUGGCAUUUUUCUCUUUAGGUUGCAAUGACAGAAGGGUUGCAGACAGUCUGCUGCCUUGGGGGCCAGGCAGGAGGCUCAGCAGCUCCCACAGGGCCAGAGUCAGCUCUGUUCUCUUUGCAGCAGCGCUGGGCAGGUGUUACCUGGCAGCAAGGGCACUUGGUGAGCAGCACGAGCUCUCUAGACAAGCACCUCAAAUUGCUGAACUGCCACGUUUUUUCUGGGUGGUUAAUUGUGGUUUAGGUGAACAAACGUUGCUUCCCAUUUCCACCUGCAACCCCAUUUGGGGACUAGCACAAGAAAAAUGGAGUUGUGCGGACCUACUGUACUGAGAGAUAUUUCAGAAGAGGUUUGCCAAAAGCAAGCUUGGCCAUAAAGGUUGUAGUCCCAAGGGCUGUUAGAGCAGCUUAUCCAUGCUUCUGGAAAGAACCAGUGUGGAGUUUAGUGUGUGCAUGGACAAACAGUCAUGGCUCUGGUAGAUAAAUGCAGGCUGGACAGCCACCAGCUGAAAUGAAAAAAUGCUAGUUCAGGAUGUGGAGUGGCUUUUCAUGCUGUUGAAAGCAGUAGGACAACAGCUGUAGUGUAGUAACCUCCUGCAGUUGAGUGUAAGCUGGAUUGAAAGGAUAAUCAAACUAUUUCUGCCUUUUUCCUAAUUAAUUUGGGGGUGACAUCCAAGUUGUGCUAGUUAAUUGAUGACAUGUCUUCUGUUCAUAGGUUGUAGCCAUUUUGUAAUUGUUUUAAGGAUGGUAAGGAUGCAUUGACUCUUGGGUUAGGAGUCCUGUGGGAGAGAUGUUACACUCACAGAGUAAAAUUACUUAAUUGCUUCUGUCUGAAUACACUCAAGUGGGUUUAUGCAAGUGACUCCUGCUGCAACAGCUUUUACCCAUCUGAGGUUAAAUCUGUUGGUGACCAUGUCCAAGAAAUCAGAGUGAUGAGUUAUUCUUGUUCUUUAAUGCUUAAGACUGUUCCAGUUUCUCACCUGUGUCCAUUCACUGAAGGGAUCUCUCUGGGGCCUGUUUAGGCCUGUCCUGUACUCAAUAACAAGCAUGGAAUUCCAGGACUGGAACUGAGUGUGACCUGAAAACCCAGAGAGCUGCCUGCAGGGUCUCCCCAGGGCUGAAUAAAGCCCAGGCCCAUGAGAUGUUGCAAUCCUCUGAUAAGCUUUCAGCAGUAAGGGAGAGCACAGCCUGUUGUAUUGAGGCACCUGCUCUAGAGUGGUCCAGAAUGAUCUGACAGCACAGGUCUGUCUGAACUGGAAAACAGGAUGAAAACAACUUGGACAGAGCCAAGUCACACUGGGGUUGCACAUGUGCUGCACAGGGGGGUACAGCCACAGCCCUGAGGGAGAUAAAACACUGCAGGAGACACACACAGAGCUUAGUUUUAAUAGGAUUUAAAAAUUCUUAUUUGUACUUACAUGCCUUUAAGAUCCUGGAUGCAGAGAUGAAGCAUUUUAAACCCUCAUAGCAGCAGGAAGCAGAACAUAAGUGGUGUUAAAAAAAUGCCUCAAUUGAAUAUGGUAAAUAAAGCACAUGGAAAAUGGC